GUGGGGGUGACGUCUCGUUUGUACGGCGGGAGGCCGCCCCGCCCCGCCCACGGCGGGUGACGUCGCGGAGUCGGCCGUCUCCUAGCGACGGGCAGCGCCGGUUUGGGAGCCGACUCCAGCCGAGCCUCGGGGGACGGGGGCGCCGCCGCUUCACGUCCCGACCCCGUGCCCUCAAGCGCAUGGACGGUGCCGGUAACUCGGAGCUCCCUUCAUGCGGAUCUCCUCAGCCGAAGGUACAAGGCCAGCAGCCAGAACAAUUAAUGAGACAGCAAAUGGAACAGCUCCAGCAGCUGAUGGAACAGCAACAGAAACUCAUCACGUUGCUUAGCUGGCCCACGGCAUAUCAAGGCUUUACCCUGCCAGUAGGAUUCUCACCUCCAUGGACUGGUAUUUCUUCAGGCCUGCCACCAGGAAACAAUGCAAUGAUACAGUCCUCUCGUCCAUCUGCCAAGGAAGAUUCCACAAAUGCCCACACCCAGGGGUCAUCUCCCAGUCCACUGGUUGAAGCUGCACAGUCCACAAAGCCGCCAAGUUCAUCAACAUCAGCAAACGGCAACCAUAUUCAGACAGCAAUACAUCCACAUCUGUCUCAAGGCAUGGAUGAUUCAAGUGCUGAAUAUUCUGUUCUGACCCAGUGUUCAGCUAAUGAAAAGCCCAAGAGCCAGGUAUCCAGACAGAAAUCACAAGAAGAGGAACCAGAAACAAGUGUGGACGAGAGUAUCCUUGAGGAUGAAAACUAUCCUGGAAAUCUUUCUCCAAUCAAUGAAGAGAAAGCUGAGCAAGGAGGAGAGCAGCGUGUUGUCACUCCUUUUGGAAUUAAAACAAAUUCUAAGAAAAUGGGGCGACUAGAGGAGAGACCGAUCAGACCUGGAAUUGAUGAAAAGCAAAAGACUUUUGAAGAUUUUGUUGAAGAACAACUUAAGGUGGAUUCAGAGUUAUUUCAACAAGAUCCGCAGGAUAUAAAUGAGGUGAAGUUGGCUCCAAAGAAGUCUUUCCUAAAACGUGGGCAAGGUAUUGCACGAUUUGAGAAGAACAAGAAAAAUAUUCUGAAGGAACAAAAGAGGAACCCAGGUCAUGAAUCAGUGGAUCAAUUGCCCAAAAAAGUUAGGUUCUGUAAUCAACACCAGCUUUCCUUGCCCGCCUUCAAUGAGUACAAAAAGCUCCAGAAGAAAAAACAAGUUAGUAGUCCAGAGCUUGUAGAACCUAGAACAAAGAAGUUUGUUUCUACCAGCAGCUCCAUCACAAACAGCAAGAGAAAAGAUCACAAACAAAAGGAGAAGCAAGAUGAAGUCAAGAAUAGUACAGACGAGGGUAUCCAAAGUGACAUAAAUGUCACAGAAUUGUCUACCAAGAUUGAAUCGCCUCGCAAAUUUUCUAAUGGGGGAAAUAGUGGAGGUCAACACAUAGUACAGGAAAGUACAACAGGAGAUGUACCUCCUGUGGGGGAAUCCCAAGGAAGAGCUAACAUCAGUAAAGAUUUAAGCUUACAUAUUCUAGAAAGACAGCAAUUGAUUAGAGAUGGUCCUGAAUCACAGAGUCAAACAAAUGGCAGUGUUUCUCAUGGAAGUGUGGAAAGGCAAAGCCAAGGCCAAGAAAUAGGACAAAAUGUGGCAAACAAGUUGCCGGGAUCUUCAAAUGAUCAACCACCUUUCAUUAGCACCAAUCAACAAGAAUGCCCAAGUAUGAAUAAAUCAGAGACUUUCAACUGGAACACUGAACUACCCCAGGAGCAAUCAGAGCAGAAGCAGAAUAAUUUAAUUAACAUCAAAGAUCCCAGGCAAACGCAAAGUUGGAAAGGCCCAAACAUCGGUUUUAAAAAAGUAAAUGACAAAAUAGUACAAGUGACUUCUGACAAUCUGCCAUGCCACGGAGCCAGUUUUAGAACCCAGGAAGGCAAAGACCAUAAUAUGCACAGUUUUGCAAACACAGGAUUAAUGCCCCUUGUAGAUUAUAAGCACAGUAUGCAUGGUUAUUUCAAAAGUAACAAUGAACAUUGUGGGGUCUCUAAUGUUAGAGCGUAUGGUGUAGAUCCUGACAGCAAUGGCCUGAAGUCUGAGCUUCAGCAACCACCCACUGUUGAAAUCCUACAUAAUUCUGUUUGCUCUCGCAGAAGUCUAGACUUAUCCGAUGAUGCCGACUAUGCAAGUGAUGCUCCAAGUGGAUUAGAAGAAAUGGGCAUGGCAUUUCAAACUUUGCAGCAUUUUACACGUCGUAAAUCUAUAGCUGGAAUGUCUCCAGUGAAAUGCAAUACACCGAGCAGCAGCACCAGCAGUGAGAGUGAAACUUCAGACCUCAAAUCUCCUUCAUCGAGGAGAUAUCCUUCCCUGUACAAUAGGCCCACGAGAAACAAAGCCAAAACUGUUAGAAAGAAGUCAAACUUUGCAAAGAAAAACACCAGCAAUUUUGUGGCAAAUCAGAACUGUGGUACUCAACAAUCGGAUGUCGUGCAGCCGUCUUGUCAUGUCCUUGCAUGGCAAUUGUCUCCAGCACUUAGUUGUGAACAAAAUGCAUCAAAAACUUCAGGUCAUUCUUACCAGAUGGAAGCCAACAGUGGAAGUGUUCAAGAAGAUGCACAAUCAAGACAACUCCAGGAGAAACUUCUCCAACUGGAAACAGAAAUUGACCGAUUUAAAGCAGAAAACACAGCUAUAGCCAAGCUUAAGGAGGAACAAGAGUUAGCUUUGGAAAAUCUCAGAAAACGAAUGGAUCAGAUUGAACGUGAGAAGACUGAAAAGAUCAUUCAAUUAGAGGCCAGCAAGAAAGAGGAAUUGAAGAAGUUAAAGGAAGAAAGACAGCUAUCUGAGAAAAACUCACCGUCUAAGGUUGCUUUUGAUAAGAGAGACCAUGAAGCAAUGGAGCUCUUGCAGAAGCAGGUUGGUCAGUUGCACGAAGAAUUCAAAAAAAAUGAAUCAAAGUGGUCUUUUGCACACAAUUACCUUCGGAAUCAGAUUGACACGUUGACCAAAGAAAACUUCGAACUACGGGAUGAGUUAAAGGCAGUAGAAUGCCAUCAGCUGGAGCCUGUCAACAGAAAUGAGACGGCCAUCCUUACCAGCAGCAAGCCUGAAACACCGGUGUUCAAUGCCAUUAUUAGAAGUACAUCACAAACAGCUCAGUGGAGCCGCAGAAGCCAUAGUUCAACCCCAAAUGGAAGAAGAAUGCCUCUUGAAAGAAGUCAGACCCCAGUGAACGUUGAACUUCAGAUUUCAGAAAAUAUGGUGAAAAAGGCUGAAAUUCAGAAAAGACAAAUGCAAGAAAUCCAAGAAAGGCCUCCUAUCCGCUUAAGAAGCAGAAGUGCGACACCAACUGGACGGAAGACGCCCCUCCAGGGGAGAGCAACAACUGAUCCCAAAUCGACUGGUCUGUUUCAGAGUAUUCAACAACCCAUGUCAAAUCACCAAAGAGCACAAGAGGGAAAGUUAUCUACGCCACGCUUGAAUCAAAGAAAUACUGCUGGAUAUGCAAAGGGCGUUCCCUCUUCCAAUUCAGGUAAUUCGGAGGAUAAUUUGUGUGAACGUUUGCAAACAACAGAACACACGCCUAGGUCCCAAAGUUAUAAACAACAGGGAACAAAGGCUUUAAUCAAGAGUACAGCUGAAACACCAUCCAGAUUACAAGAAAGGCCUCCUUCAGGCCGCAGAAGUCGUAGUGCCACCCCAAGUGGGAGGAAGACCCCUUUGGAUGAUAAACAAAUAAGCUUUGACCUUGAACAGAAGGUAUCACGGCCAAGUUCUGUUUUAUCUAGAAGAGAAAGCAUCUGUUUUAAGAGUAAUAGUACACAAGAUGAUGUUAGAGAAGAAAUCCAAUAUCCAGAUGGCAAGAUGGAACAGAUCCUGACGAAUGGAAAUCGAAUUAUUAUCUUUCGGAAUGGCACAAGGAAGGAGGUCAGUGCAGAUGGGCAAUCUGUCACCAUAACAUUCUUCAAUGGGGACGUGAAGCAGUUCAUGCCAGACCAAUCUGUGAUAUACUACUAUGCUGAUGCAAAGACAACUCAUACUACAUUCCCAAGUGGAAUAGAGAUGCUACAGUUCUCCAAUAACCAGAUAGAAAAACAUUAUCCUGAUGGUAAGAAGGAAAUAAUAUUUCCAGACCAAACUAUCAAACACCUUUUUCCUGAUGGCCACGAAAAGAGUAUAUUCCCAGAUGGUACAGUUGUGAAUUUGCAAAAAAAUGGAGAUAAAAUUAUUGAAUUCAGCAAUGGGCAGAGGGAGAUCCACACGCCCCAGUACAAACGGAGGGAGUACCCUGAUGGAACCAAGAAGACCGUCUAUUCUAAUGGACACCAGGAAACAAAGUAUUCCACAGGUCGUGUCCGAAUAAAAGACAAGAAAGGAAAUCUUGUUUUGGAUAAAAUGUGACUGCAGUGACUUCUGUUAAACAAUCAGAAAGAGUUAUGUAAGAACAAGAAAAGAAAGCUCUAACAAAAUUGCAGAAGUUGUCUGCCAGGCACUACAAUCUAUCUACAAAUCCAAUCCUGUUUCAUUUUCUUUUAAGAUAUGCUUUGACUACAAGAGACUGAGUACUGCUCUAGAAUCUGAGCUGUACUUGUGCACUGCAAUUAUUAACCUGCAUGGAUUUUGUAUAUGGGAAUAGAGCUAAAGAAAAGCUGUUGUUAGGAAAUGUGUGUGCAACUGGGUGUUGUGUUCCUGAUUUAACAGCCAGAAAAUUCCCUGGAGCCUAAAAUGAAAGAUUAAUCUCAAUGUCACUGGCACUUAACUACAAAAGAAAAUGCUAAGCACAUUAAAAAUACUUGGCAUAUAUUUAAUUUUUAUUAUAAAAAUAUUAAAGAGAGUUGGAAAUAAGCAAUGUUAACUGGGUGAGUCAAUUGGAAGCAAGUGAUCACAUGAAGGAACUUCAAAAAAUAAACCACCUUGAUGCUGUUACUGUUUUACUCUCUCACUAUAAAUGUUAAUUUAUUACCUUCA